AUUAUAUCUUAUACGUGUGCAGACCAGUAAAAAGUCCAAAAGUCCUAAGAAAGAAAGAUUAAUGCUGUUCUACUUCCUUCUUCGCCAUAUUUCAGACUGUUAUAACGGAGUAUGUAUAAAAGACAUUUGAGGUGCAAGAUUCUUUGAAGAUGGAAACUUCACAAAAUUAUGUUACUCCCAUGUGUUCUGCCCAUAAUGAUGCAGUUGCAAAAGCAGUUUGCUUGAAGAACAAAGAACUGCUUUGUUUUCAGUGCGCUAUAGCUAAAGCUAAGUUAGAUGUCUACACUAUUCAAGAAAUUGAUAAAAUUUCUGAAGGAAAGGAGAAGCUCAAACUUGAAUAUAUACUUAUGAAACAAAUUGCUUCUAGAAAGGAAACUUUCAUUGUCGAAUACGAACGUAAAGCUGGAGAAGUGAAAGAAAACUUGGAACAAGAAGUAAAGAAAAUGUAUGACCAGCUGUCAGAGGAACUCUGCAAACUGAAAGAAAACACACUACAUUCGGUAGAAUCUAACAGCGAUUCAUUUCUCAAAGAUUUAUAUAGCAACAAAAAGGAACUAGAUGGUGUGCAAAAGACAAUUAAUGAAAAUCUUGAAAAGUUAUCUGUUGCGACAGUUAGUGAUGUAGAGAGUCUUGAAUCACAACUACAGGAAGUAAAGAAAAAGCUGACCGAUGAGAUUCCUGAUCUUGAUUCUAAUCCAGAAGGAGUAUUCACAGCAAGCAAAAUGUUUCAAGAAGCGAUGAGCAAGUCAAAAGGUGUCUUGGGAGAAGUAACUUUAAGCAACAUGGAUCACUAUUCACUUCCCACACAAGAUGAAUCACAGGCUAAUAAAACAGCGUAUUCAAUACCAACGGCAAUUAUCGGUAGCCAGCCACCAAAAAUACCCCCAAAGCCUGGUGCCUUUUCAUCUGAUGAAUACCAUGAAAGGCCAAAACUAUUUCCUCGAAAUGCGGAAGCGAAGCCUAAGAGAGCAUCUAUAACUGAAGACACCAGUCAAAUGGCAAUGAAAAUAGCACCAGGUAAUGACAUGACUGCAGCAAAAACCGAUUCGAAAAUGUCUCCGAAAACUGAAACAGUUCCUGAAUCCAAACCAGAAAAAGCAAAGAAAUCGAAGUUUAAAAUAUUUGGCGGCCCCAAAGAUAAACCGAGAGAGAAAUUAGAAGAUUAUGAAGAUGUAAGUUUCGCCCCUAAAACCCCUAUACAAGCAAAGUACUUGAUCAAUACAACGUUACCUCUAUCAGGACUAGACUCAAUUCAUACACCAUUGAAAUUCGAAAAACUUGUGACCAUAGGUCCGGAUCGAAUUGGGCUUUUAAAUAGAAAGCAAUCUUCUGUUGUCGUGGCACAACUAGAUGGAAAUGUUCAUAUUAAACAGUACCCCGAUGGAGUCACAAGCAUUGCAGCUAUGGAAAAUAAUCAGCUCGCUAUACUUACCCAGAAAGAAGGGAAUAAAAUUGAGACUAUUUGUGUGACUGACAAAGGCUUUGAUACGAAAAACACUAUCGACUUAAAAGAAGAACUAUCUGAUGUUACUGGAUUUGAUUAUUCUUAUUCAAAAAACAAGUCACGUUUUGCCAUAGGUACAAAAACAAAGCAGGUUUUCAUUGAUGGGAAAGGAAAGAAGAUCAAAUCAACGGAAAUCGACAAUACAACAGGCUCGUCGGAUAUUGCCACAACGUAUGAUUUCGAAAAUGACUGUAUCUAUGUUAUGAACAUGGAACAUAAAUCAAUUAAAUGUGUGUCUCUUAAAAAUUUAGCACCAGUUUGGAAACGCAAAUGUGAGGACCAGUUGUUCAAACCAAAAUCUGUUUGUUUGUAUAAAGACAAACUUUGCAUAGCUUCCUCGGGAACAGUAACGAUAUUUGCGGCUAAAGACGGCGCACCAAUAAGAAAGCACGAAACCGUUGACCUUGUUCAGGACUGUCUUGGAAUAUGUGUGAUUGAUGAUGUUAUCGUGAUUUCUUCCAAUUCGGAUAGAUUGGACGAGUCCCGAAAGCUUGGUUUCAUAGGCAUUUAGGUGAAAAUUGUUGAGUUGGCAUAAACAGAAAACAAACAAAAUACGCAUGCCAAUUUCUAACAGGUAUAAAACCUUAUAUACUUAUAAUUUCGAACGAACAUGAAACAUGAACAUUUAUAAAUGCAAUUGCUUUAGUUGAUGAAUGGAGGUAAUCGAAAAAGUACUGGUUAGAAAAUUAUGCUUGAAAUAUCAUGGUUGCCUAUAUCGCUGUUUAGCACUCGUUAACCUGUGCAAAAUAGCUUUUGUAUGUUUUGUUAUCCGUAUAAACUUGACUUAUUUAUUCAGGAUUGUUUUUCGCCAGAUUUAUACAGCUUAGUUUUUUUUCUUAUAUGUAAUAGUUCACAGUUAGUAAACGAUUAACAUUCUUUCAUACGUAAUGCUUUUUCUGCAUGUGAUUUAAGUACCUUGAUUUAAAUCUUAACAUCAGUAGAUGCAAAUACUUAAUGCUUUUAGGUUUAUUUUAAAUAUAGUGUACUGUCAAUAUUCAUUUUAAUUUUAUUAAAGAAAUAUCUUUAUUUAUAAAAUCAGCUUUAAAAAUAGCUCAAAAAUCAUAGCUUAGAAUCAUUCUGUAUACGUCACGUAGUCCAAAUUACAUGGUUUAGGACACAUUUCACAGCACGGUUUUGCAAUCAUGGAUAUAAGGCAUCGUGUUUAGCACAGUGAACAGAUUCAAAGAAAAGAGAAACAUUCGAUACAUUCAGUAGUUUAAAAAAAUCACUCUUGGAGGUUACAUAAACCGUCAAAUUUAUCUUUCACUUGGAACGACGACAGUCCUGGUGAUAAAAAGAUUAUCAAGGAUUAUAUUGUUAUUUGAUAAAUAUCAUGUUUUCAUAUCUAAGUAUGAUGCGUCUGUGCAUGUGUGAAUAUGCAUAAUUUUGUUGAAUUUGAUUCGUUAUCUAUAUCAGUCACUUUAUUUUUAAUCAGAUAUUAGAAAAUUAAAUAUGUCUCUUA